AUGCCCUCGGGAACCAGCAAACCUCGCAACCUUCACGAGCUGACGGGGCUGGUCGAUGAGCUGCUUGAGUCGCUGAAAGUCGGCUCGUCGAAUUCCACCAAAGAGCACCUUGUGAAGGCCCUCGAAUGCAUUGAGAACUACAAAGGCGUUGUUGGGCAGAAACAUGUUUCUGAGCUCGCGACAUCGGAAUUCGAGGAGGGUUUUAUCUAUUACAAUGCCGCAUCUAGGAUUUUGAGCGAACUGAUCCCAAAACUCAACGACUACCGACAACUCAAGCAGAAACCCAGCCUCUACCAGUUUUACGCAGAUCUGAUCAAUUACCUCGUGAGACAGCGCCCCACAUAUGAGGCUAUGAAACAACAUAUUCGUGGAUCCUCCGACAACCUGGUUUUGAGACUACAGACGCUAAAGAGCGGGACGGACAUAGCGUCCAACGGCUCGGCCAAAAAAGACUUUACCCAGCUGUUCGAUUCCUUUGGCGAUGUCAUUUCAGUUUCGCAGCUUUCGUCGCUGCUUAAGCACCACUCGGACCUCGUAUUGCUUAUAGAUUUGCGCCGCAAACGAGAAUUCGAGUUCGAGCAUAUAGAUCUCGCAGAUUACAUCAUACAGUUGGAGCCAGUGUCAAUUAGAGACAGCUACACCUGCCACGAGAUAGAAAAAUAUUCCAUGAUUACGGACACAGACGAAGAACGGGAAUUGUUUGCACGGCGAGACCGCUUUGAAUUGGUGGUUGUUCUAGACUACAAUUCCACUACGGAGUCCAAAAGUCCGGAACUUGCGCGAUUGAUAUCAAUACUGACCACCAAAAACGCUGGAGUCUUUCUCAAGCGCAAACCUGUCAUUCUAGACGGCGGCUACAAGGCAUGGUCGGAGUCUCGAUCUUCUCUGUCGUCGCCAAUGCAUGGGCCCCGGCCCGUUUAUGGACGUGACCGGUCUGAGUCUGUGAAUUCUAUUUCCAGCCACGACGACAUCACAAUCAAACGAAGGACAUCUUACAGCGAACGGUCGCUCAUCAAGAACGUCGGUGAGUUUCUUUCUAGCCAGUCCAGACCGCAAUCCAGCCAGAGCCCUGUCGAGCUCAAGUCCCCUGCAGCCGUGCCCUACCAUGAAAUGUAUAGCCGCAAGGACCUCCCUUCUCCAAAACCCGAAUUGUCCAUAUCGUCGAGCUCACCGUCACGGCCUUCUCCUGCAUUUUUGUCGCCAGCGCUUCUUCCCAGCUCGCGAAGCUCGCCGCCUAAAGCCCAGCUACCAACGCUGCCAACGAAACCUGUAUCGUCGCCGGCACCAGUCUCCAGAUCAGGCUCUGUGUUCCAGAACUCUCUAAGUGUCAUGACUGGCCUGGCAAACCUGGGAAACUCCUGUUACAUGAACUCUGCGCUCCAGUGUCUAAUUGGCUCAAAACGACUUACAGAGUUCUUCAUUGUCGGCACAUUCAAACAACACAUCAACAUGAAUUCCAGACUGGGAUCAAAGGGCAUACUGGCAAACGAGUUCUCGUCGUUGCUGACAGAACUGUACAAGAAAAGCAGUCCCAGCCGUCCGCAAUCAGUAACGCCCCGUCAGUUCCGCAAAGUGAUAGCAUCUCUCAAUAGCAUGUACAGAACGUUGGACCAGCAGGAUUGUUCGGAGUUUUUGAACUAUGCGCUCGACUCCCUUCACGAGGACCUCAACGAGAACGGCAAUCAUCCGAAAUUGCCCGAAUUGAGCAAAGAGGAGGAAGAAAAACGCGAAAAACUGCCAAUUAGAAUUGCAUCGACAAUCGAGUGGGAACGGUAUCUCAAGACCAAUUUCAGUAUCAUCGUGGACAUUUUCCAGGGCCAGAUCAUGUCGCAGCUCCGGUGUCUGAAUUGCUCCACCACUUCGACCACAUACAACGCAUUCAUUGCUCGACAACGACAAUGCGUGGCUCUGUCCGCACUGCAAAACAAAACAACGUACGCUGAAACACCUCCAGAUCUCCAGACUGCCCCAGGUGCUUAUCAUCCACCUCAAACGCUUCAAAAUGGGCAACUAUCUAACCAAACUCAAUACCUACAUCGACUAUCCUUUGGAAUUGCAGCUGGAUAA